UAGAGAAAAUAUAAAGGAAUUGCUAUAGGGAAAAGAGAGUAUAAUAUGUCAGAGGAGGUAUAUGAUGUUUUUUGUGGGGAAAUGAUGGAUGAAGAGACGUUUUCUAAGUCAGAAAGGGAGAUUGAGAGAUUAAUGUUUAGACGACAAAUGUUUUUGAAGUUAAUUAAUCAAGUUAUUGAUAUUAGAGAUGAUUUGCUUUAUUCAUGUCACGGACAGAAUAAUAAAGAAUUAUCGGAGACGGUUAAUAGAUUAAAAGAAGUGUUAAAAUUGAUUGGAGAGCUUAAGAUAGAGAGAAUGUUUGAUUCAUCGGAAUCUAUUAUUGUAUCAGGGAUUUAUCAUUUAUCUAUUCAGAUAGCAUAUUUGUCAGAUUUAUGUCGAAAUGUAUUUUCAGAGAUAUCAUUAGCAUCGCAAAGAUAUCAGUGUGAUUUAGUUUCAAGUAUUUCUAAAACGAACAAACUUCCAUUAUCGACGAUUUCGAAUAGUUCAGGGCCGAAACAUGGUUCACAUCAUCCAGAAAAUAGGACGAGAUUGUUGAAAGAUUGGUUUCUUGAGCAUAUUUCUUAUCCAUAUCCUAAUAAGGAUGAAAAACGCUUACUUUGUCGUCUUACGGGGCUGAAAAUAAAUCAACUUAAUAUGUGGUUCAUUAAUGCACGAAGAAGGUCUAAUGGUGGAUUAAAAUUUAAAGAGCAAGUCGUUUCCGAUAAUUUAGUUCCAUUGGUAUUCGCUAAUUCUGAAUAAUUUUCAUUUCAUAUUUGACAGCAUUUCAUUACUAAAUAUCACAAA